UUUCGUUGUCAUCCUCACGGAAUUAUAACACGGCUGCACAGGUUACCUUUUAGUGUGCAUGGAUGGUAGAGUAACAGGACCUAAAUCUUUGGUUAAUAUGUGUACACAUAUAUUUGGUGAUUUGGAUAUAACGGUUAUCAUAAUGAGCAGGUGCAGUUCGACAAACAUCUGAUUUUAAUCAUAACAUUUACCUCGAGUAGCUAACAUUAGCCAGUUAACCUUUAGCAUAGACUUAGCUGCCAUGCAUGUAGUUCAUGUCCAGUCAAUGUUAGCUAACGUGACGUAUUUAUAAGUCGUAACGUUCCAGUUACGAUAGAAUGAUGUCACAAAAAAAGGAGUUUUUCCUCGACUCAGCACCGACAGGAGAGUUUCCGAGCCAUGUCAAGGAGACAAAGAGCAGAAGCCGACUCGGUAUCAUUGUCACCGGGGUGCUGGGAGGGUCGCUCGUUGCCCUCUAUGCAGUGGCUGCACCGUUUGUCACACCUGCACUGAGAAAAAUCUGUCUCCCGUUUGUCCCAGCUACCACAGCUCAGGUGGACAAUGUCCUCAGGGUGCUGCGAGCCAGGUCAGGCACCCUGGUGGACAUUGGGAGCGGAGAUGGAAGAAUAGUGAUAGCAGCAGCAAAACAUGGGUUUCAGGCAUCGGGCAUUGAACUGAACCCCUGGCUGGUGUGGUAUUCUCGCUACAAAGCCUGGAGAGAGGGAGUCCACAGCUCCACCUCAUUUCACAUCUCUGACUUAUGGAAGGUCAGCUUUGCUCAGUACUCUAAUGUUGUCAUUUUUGGAGUUCCUCAAAUGAUGGAACAGCUGGAGCUGAAGCUGGCAAGUGAGUUACCAAGUACAGCCAAGGUGGUGGCCUGCCGCUUUCCCUUCCCUACUUGGGUCCCUGAACACACCACUGGGGAGGGUAUAGACACUGUGUGGGUGUAUGAUGCUGAGACAUUUAAAUCACACCUGCAACACUGAAUGACAAGGAAGACAACAGGCACCGGGAGGGGGGCCUGGAGACUAUCCCAGCUGACUACGGGCGAGAGGCGAGGUUCACCCUGGACUGGUCACCAGUCAAUGACAGGGCUGACACACAAAGAAAGACAACCACACACUCACACCUAGGGGCAAUGUAGAGUAGCCAAU